AUGGAUUAUCUUGGGGAACAGAGAGAAGAAGUAGAAUGUUUAAAGUCUAUCUUCCCAGAUGAAUUCUCGGAGCUCAGCACAUUUCCUCCAGCGUUUAUGAUUAGAAUUGAUGAUGUGGACAUUUUCACCUCUGUGUCAUCUCUUCAGCUAAAGAUCUCUUUUCCGCCAACUUAUCCAGAUGAAAUCCCAUUAAUUGAGAUACCCAACCGUUCUAAUGCAAUGCCGAAAGAGUUUAUAGAAGACCUGCUCACUUUUAUACGAGUUUCAUGCAAAGAAUAUGUUGGAAUGCCUAUGGUUUUUAGUCUGGUAGAUGCAACCAAAGAAUGGAUUAAUGAAAAUGCUGUCAGGUUCAAGAGCUCUGAGGGAGAGAAAAAAGCUGUUUGUGAAACAGAGAAUACUGAAAAUAGUCCUGAUUCACUGACGCCACAAGAUUUGAAGUAUAAGCUGGAAACUGCCAAUGUGAAGGGGGGACGAUGGAACUUUGUUAUUGGUCUUAUUGGUAAUUGAACCGUUUAAGCCCUAAGAGUGAUCAGCAUCAAAUUUCUCCUUAUUAUUAUCAAUGCUUUGUAAAACAGAGUGGUCAUGAGAAUUACAGACAUGAUCACACAAGAUGAAUUUGCUUGAUAUUUUGUUAACUUCUCCCCACGCUUCUGUAGGAAAUGAAUAAGGGCAACAAAUGAGAAUUCAAAUUUUGAUCUUAGGGUAUAAUUUAGGCUCAAUUUCUGCCGUUUUUCCAAGUCCAGUCUUAAAUCCUCUCCCUUUUCUUUCCGGGUAAUGAGUGCAAUGAGGUGAGUUUAGAGAUGGGAUGGAAUGGGAUGGGAUGAGAUGAGAUGGGAUGGGAUGGGAUGAGAUGGGAUCGGAUGGGAUGAGAUGAGAUGAGAGAUGGGAUGGGAUGAGUUGAGUUGAGUUUAGCCUUGCUAGCAUAAAUCAACAUUCCCUUUGGGGGUGUGUGGGUUUUCUUGGUAACUUUAGUAAUAUGAUCUGUUGUUCUUUAGGAAAACCUUCAGCUGGUAAAUCCACAUUCUUUAAUGCUGCCACACAUCAGAAUAUGGCCAAAAUAGGAGCACACCCAUUCACAACAAUUGAACCAAACAUUGGCCAGGCUUUUUAUACCAUACCGUGCCCUUGUUUACAGUGGAGUCACCAGUGUCAGGCCAGAUUUGGACACAGUGCUUCUGGUGAAAGAUUUGUACCAGUAUUGCUCAAAGAUGUUGCUGGGUUAGUACCUGGUGCAUGCGAAGGAAGAGGGCGAGGAAACAAGUUUUUAAGUGAUUUGUUAGAUGCUGAUGUUCUUGUUCAUGUGAUUGACCUUUCUGGACAGACAGAUGAAGACGGAAAACCCACAACAGGUAACUCUUGGCGCCAAUUUUUGGAGAGACAUAGUUAAGUUGUAACUUUUGCAAUCUUCAUGCUUGAACAUCUCAUUAAACAGUCUCUUAUAAAAAAAUACAGUCAAACCUCCUUAUAUGGACAGCAAAGGGACAGACAGAACUGUCUGCAUGCAGGGUGUUCAUUAGGCAUUGGAGAAUUCUCCUUUUACUAUGCUGAAAUAUUUUUUACUCAGAUGUGGGCCUCUUUCAAAAUAUUCUCCUGUAAUGUUACACCUUUCUCCUGCUACUAGAAUUCUUAAUGAAAACACUGCUGCAUGUCAGAGUUGGUUACAUUACCAAGAUGGGAAAUGUACUGUCGCACCUCCAGAAUAGGUAGAUUCUAUUUAUCUGCAAAGUGGUAGUCUUUGGUAUUUUAAACUUUGUCGGAACAUCAUGUCUGACCUUACCAGAAUUUAAAAAAAAUUCAUUGGACAUAAGCCAAUAUUGUAGUUGGACAUCGUCCAAUGUCCAACUAUUUCUUGCAGCUAUGGUGUCAGAAACUCUUGUAUCAAAGUGACCAUCUCACGUGAUCAGGAUGAAAUUAUUAUUCAUUCAAAAUAUUUCCCCUAUUCUGAUUGGCUAAAAGCACACGUUUACUUCACCAUAACCAGUUACUGAUGACCAAAUUUGGAAGAAUUUUGUGUUUAGCGAGGAAAUGAAGUAAAAAAUGCAGCAUUCAUGUAGGUUAACGCACCGUUAAUCGAGAAGACCUGGGGACAAGGUUGAGUUGUUUUGGUUGUGAACUUGAAAAAUGGCGGACAUUUCACUUUCAAGAGUAAGAACUAGGCGAAAAAUAGCUAAAAACAUGGCAAGAAUGGCAAGAAGACAACUCAAAGGGCGACAUCUGCUAUUUUGAGAAUAUUUGCGGAACUGAACAACCCUAAACGUGCACUAUCGAAGAUGAACUUAACAUCGAUGGAUCGAUGGAGGUAAGCAUAUUUUAGCCAUGUUUUUAAACUAGGAAUUAUUUUGAAUGAAUAAUCAAACAGUUAUUGAAUUCGGCUUUGGUAUCAUAUCAAGAAUUAUGGAGAUCCCUCCUCGAUCUCCAUAAUUCUUCAUAAGAUACUCAGCCUCAUUCAUUAAUUGCUAAGUAAUAUAAUAUAAUAAUUAUAUUUUUUUAAGUCCCCACCUAAACAGAAAAGAAGCAUUUUGAUGACUUGGUUUUGUUCUUUUUUCACUAGAAUAUGAUCCAACUAGAGAUGUAGAGUGGAUUCAUCAAGAGCUUCAUAGAUGGAUUUACGAUAAUAUAAUGGACAAGUGGGAUUCAAUAAGAAAGAAACCAACAAAACUCUGUGACAUGUUUACUGGAUAUCACACUUCACAAGCUCUAAUCCAGCUUGCAUUUGAGUCAGCAGGGAUUACAGAUGCUAGGCUAUCAGCCAUAACAAAGAUGGAAAGGGAUCAUGCUGAGCGUUGGGUACAUAAAUUGGUUGCUGAAUUUUUGCGGCUACGCUUUCCAAUCCUUUUAGCUCUCAACAGAGUAGAUCUUGCCAAUGCAAUAGAUAAUCUGGAUAAAUUUAACGCACAGUUCACUGACAUGACAAUGGUGCCUGUUAGUGCAAAAAGUGAAUGCUUUUUACAACAGAAGUGCAAAGAAGGGGUCAUUUUCUACCAAAGUGGUGCUUCCUACUUUGAUAUCAACACCCAGUCACAACAAAAUAUGGAUGGUUCAGAUAAAGAAUUAGCGCACAUACAAGAAAAUGUUCUUCAGAUGAUUGGAGACACUGGUGUCCUGCGAGCUUUGUCAGAAGCUGUGAGUCUACGUUCACCAACAUAUGCCUUUCCUGUCAAUUGCCUUGACACCUGUCAAUCAAUCAGUGUGAAGGCAAAUGAAAAACCUCAAAUACUUCGAGACUGUGUUGUGCUGAAACCGGGAACAACAGUUGGAAAGUUGUUUGAUAUCAUGCUUUAUCCACCAGUAUCUCUUUUAGCUGGAGAGUAUGUUAGAGCAGAAGGAGUUGACUCCAAUGGAACAAAGAAAGUCUUGCACAAAAAAGACCUUAUAAAUGACUCCAAUCAGAUCGUGAAAAUUAUGAGCACAAAGAAAGCUUCUUAUUCUGCAAAAACUAGAAGUUAA